AUGACCAUUGACGGUUCGGAGCUUUCUGACUGCCUUCAAAAAUUGGGAACUUCGAUUCUGGUUUCAUCAUCUCAGAUUCAAGGGGUUGCCUCAAGUGUCGAGACGUUCAGUGCGAGCCUCGACCUGCCCAAGGGUCCAUACUUCAUCUCGGUUCAUAGCGGGAACAUUUACAAGGCGUAUCGGCUGUACGACGACGACAACUUGGCUUUUGUCCAAGGAGUUGUUAGUGACGAGGCAGGAGGUUUUACCUCGCUUCCGGCGGUCACUGAAAAUGUCAUGGCGAAGAGCAUUGCGGUGCCCUCCCGGCUUCACUACACUGCGUCUCAGGAAAAGCCACUUGCCGGCCUCCGCUUCGGUGUGAAGGACAUCUUUCACGUCAAGGGUGUCGCCACAAGUGGAGGAAACAGGGCCUACUUCUACCUAUAUGAGCGACAGAACCAGACAGCCCCAUCUAUCCAACGGUUGAUUGAUCUUGGAGCGGUCCUCGUAGGGAAGAUGGGCACAGUUCAGUUCGCCAAUGGCGACCGUCCGACAGCUGACUGGGUCGACUUGCACGCACCGUUCAACCCACGUGGCGACGGAUACCAAGAUCCCAGCGGCUCAUCUACUGGCCCUGGUGCUGGUAUUGCGGCGUACGAAUGGCUAGAUUUGGCUGUUGGCAGUGAUACCGGUGGCUCGAUGCGUGGUCCGGCAGGACAACAAGGAAUCUUUGGAAAUAGGCCCUCGACAGGAGCCAUUUCGCUGGAACAUGUCAUCCCGUUGAGCCCCGUCUCAGACACCGCCGGGAUGUUUGCACGAAGCGGUAGUCUAUGGGCCAAGGUGACCCAAGCUUGGUACCCGGACUUUGCGUCUAACUACUCCGCGUACCCAAAGAAGAUCUAUCGUUCCACAGUGGAGGGAGGGGCCUGGUCUGGAGGGUCCAGCGAAGGAGCCGCUAAAGUGAUCGAAUCUUUUGUUCGAAAGCUUGAGCAAUUUCUUCAAGUUCAGUCGACACCUGCCAAUUACACUCAACUUUGGAUGGAGACGCACAGCAACUUGAUUACAGACGUCAACGAGAUGCUUUAUCUGACUUACGGGGUUUUCAUCUCUCACGACCAGUGGCAACUGCAUGGGCAACCUUUCUUCAAAGAUUAUGCGGCCAGGUAUGAUGGAAGACAGCCAUACAUCAACCCAGGCCCCCUGGCAAGAUGGCAAUGGGGUCAGCUUUAUGCAACCGAUGGUAUCUACGCACAAGCCCUCCGCAAUAUCUCCAUCUUCAAGAGCUGGUACGAGACCGAGGGCUAUGGCAGAAAGGAUGCAAAGACUUGCUCUGAGGGGCUUUACAUAUACCCUUGGUCCAUCGGCGAGCCUUCGUACCGCGACCAAUAUUUUCAAGCCCGGACUACACCGCCGCUUGGAUUUGACGACUCGUCAGUUCCAGUCAUGACAGGGGCUCCGGAAGUUGUCGUUCCAAUCGGCGAAGUUCCAUACAACAGCACCAAGUCCAUGCAUACUGAAUAUCUCCCUGUCACGAUGGCAUUGAGGAUGGCGAGGGGAUGCGACUACCACUUGGCAAGUCUUGUCCAAGAUCUUGAGGCAAAUGGUGUUCUCCGAGCAGUCGCAGCGGGCUCAAGGCUAUAUCCGUAG